AUGAUUGGUGCAGCCUUAAACUUUCCCGUAACGCUCUGCAUUCCUGAAAAUGCAAGCAAAGAACGUAUCUCUGUUCUAAAAGCUUACGGAGCAAAACUGAUCCUAACAGAUCCAUUAGAAGGCAGUGAUGGUGCUAUUGUUGUUAGCCGACAAAUGGCAACAGAAAACCCGGAAAAAUAUUGGAAGCCAGAUCAAUACAAUAAUCCAGCAAACCCAAAAGCGCAUGCAGAAACAACAGCACCUGAAAUUUGGGAACAGACACAAGGCCGUGUGACACAUACAUUUGCCUCUCUAGGUACAUCAGGAACAGCCAUGGGUUUACGCGCUGGUUUUGACAAAAUCCACCCCAAAACACAAGUAAUCGCAGCAGAACCUGAUCACGCUUUCCAUGGUCUUGAAGGUUUAAAACAUAUGGCGUCAAGCAUUGUGCCUGGUAUCUACCAAGAAGACCUUUUAGAUGACAAAAUACCUGUAGAAACCGAAGCAGCUUAUGAAACGGUACAACUAUUAGCAAAAGAAAUAGGUAUAAUGACCUGCCCAAGCGGAGGAGCAGCCUUAAAUGCAUCUAUACAAAAAUCACAAGAUGUAAAGCAGGGUGUUUUUGUUGUUAUUCUUCCAGACCAUGGGACACGUUACCUAACAACACGCGUUUGGCAAUCUGCACAGCUGCAAGGAGGAGGCAUCUAA